AUGGCUCCGAUCAGCCAGCUUUCCGUGCUGGCGUUUGCGUCUGCUGCGCUCGCCGUCCCGCACGCCGCGCACAACCACAAGCGUCACGCCCACCCUGGCGCGCCGCCUGCGUAUGGUGGUGAGGCGCCCCCGGCUUAUGGCGCGUCGUCUUCGGCUGGUGCUGUGAGCAGCUCUGCCGGCGCCUAUGGCUCUUCCUCCAUGCCAGCAGGCUGGGGAUCUUCGUCCUCUGCGGCUGCCUACGGGUCGUCUUCCUCCGGUGCGGCUGUGUCCAGCUCUGCUGGUGCAUAUGGAUCUUCUUCCAUGCCCGCUGGGUACGGAUCGUCUUCGUCUGGCGCGGCCGUGAGCAGCUCCGCCGUCCCAAGCUACAGCUACUCUUUCUCCGGAUCUGCAUCUUCUGGGUACGCUGGCCCGACUGGCGGGUACGCGCACCCAUCUGGAUCCAGCGCAUGGGGCAGCACUGGCUACGCGCACCCCACUGGAUCGUACUCCGGCCCGGCUUCGUACAGCACCUGCACUGAGACCUCGACUCUCAUCUACCGCAGCACGACCGAGUACUCGACUUACUACGUCACCCACACCCUCUACCCCAGCGCCCCAGCUUCCUCGGCUGGUGCUGGAUCCAGCUCUGCCUCUGCUCCUGGUGGCUACCAAUCUGGUGGUUCGCCAUCCGGUGGCAUGCCGUCUGGCGGUGCUCCUUCCGGAUACGCUCCUUCGGGAUCCGCUGUUUCGCCCGCCAACUCCGGCUCUCCAGACUCCCCUGAGGGCACUUGCGUUCCCGACGUGACCGUCACCACCACCGAGAAGUCGACCAUCUACGUGACCGUUGGCCCCAGCUCUUCUUCUGCUGCCGCCCCAUCGCCAUCCGGAGGCUACCCAGGAUCGUGGGAGCCUGCGCCAUCCGCCUCUUCCGCCGAGGCUGGAUCGUCGUCCGCUCUUGUUUACUCUUCGGCUGCACCAAGCUCGUCCGCCGCUCCUUCGCCAUCUGGCGGGUACCCAGGCUCGUGGGAGCCAGCGCCGACCAAGUCUUCUUCCGCUGCCCCCAGCGGUGGAUACUCUGCCCCCGCUAGCAGCGCCCCAGUCGCACCAAGCAGCUACGCACCAGCACCGAGCAGCGCCCCUGCUGCCCCGUCCUCGUACGCCUCGCCUAGCUCCCCAGCUUCUUCCUCUUCCUCUGCCGCCCCAUCUCCCUCCGCCCCGUCCUACGGCGGCGCAUCCGGCUACAGCGGCAAGCGUGGUCUCAACUACAACGACGCCGGCCUGACCAACAUGUUCGCCAAGUCCGGCCACGUCGGCUGGGCCAUGAACUGGGAGUCCGACAACAAGGGCCUCGACUCCGGCGUCCCGUACAUCCCAACUCUCUGGGGCACUGACAGCAUGUGGACCGACAUCUGGGCCGACAACGCCCAGUCGGCCAUCGACAACGGCGCGCUCUGGCUCUUCGGCUUCAACGAGCCCGACAUGCCAUCCCAGGCCAACCUCUCCCCGCAAGCCGCCGCGGACGCGUGGAAGCAGUACAUGGAGCCCUUCGCCGGCAAGGCCAAGCUCGUCGCCCCGGCCGUGACCAGCGGUGUGGGUGAGGGUCUCGGCGUCUCGUGGUUGAAGGACUUCUUGACCGCGUGCUCGGACUGCACGAUCGACGCCGUCGCGCAGCAUUGGUACAACAGCAACGGCAACGACGCGCAGAACUUCAAGGACACCGUCACCGGCGCGGCCGAGGCGUCAGGCAAGCCGGUGUGGGUGAAUGAGUUUGGCGCGAUUGGCUCGGACGAGGAGAAGAGCGAGUUCUUGCAGGAGGUGAUGCCCUGGAUGGACAGCAACGACAGCGUUCUCGGCUACGGCUACUUCAUGGUCUCGGACGGCAUGCUCUGCUCCGGCGACGCACCCUCCACCUACGGCUCGACUUACAUGGACUACUCUGGUUAG